AUGGCAAAGACAAGAGGACAAGUUGGUUCUCGUCGGAGUAAACGUAAUCAAGGCUUGGAGGUAGUAGAUCAAGAGGACAAGGCACCGCAACUAAAAGUGAAGAAAAGAACAGCAAAGAAAACGGCUUCCCCUAAAAAGAAUUUAGUUUUAACGCCAACGAGAAGAAGUAGUAGAAUCAAGAAAGUGGCUGCUGAAGAUGAUUACAUAGAAGAUGUAACACCUCCUAAGGAUGAUGAGGAGGUAGAAGAUGUUACACCUCCUAAGGAUGAUGAAGUACAAGAUGUAACACCUGCUCAGGAUGAUGAAGUAGAAGAUGAUCAGGCUGAGAAGUCAAUGUCUGAAGAAGAUAAAGACGAUGAAGAGGAUGUCAAUGGGAAAGAGGAUGAAGAAGAUGGCGAUGUCAAUGGGAAAGAGAAUGAAGAAGAUGGAGAUCUCAAUGGGAAAGAGAAUGAAGAAGAACCGGCCAAUAUGGAAGAUGAUGGAGUUCUUAAUGAGAAAGGGAACGAAGAGGAAGCUUGCGAAGAAGAAGCUCGCGAUAUGGAAGAAGAUGGCACUGCGCAAGAUGAUGAGAUUCCUAGUACUGAAGGAGUUGAGCUAGCAGGGGAGGAAGUUUCAAAAAAAAAUAAAAGAGGACCUACAAAGUUGCGUAGAGUGGCUGAAAAUCCCAAUGAUAAGAUUAUGGUCACAUUCAAUGACAUUGGUGAGCAUGUUGGACCUGGUUCAGUAACCCUAUCGUCGUUUCUUGGUCCUCUUGUGAGGGAACAUGUUCCGGUUACACUUGCCGAUUGGAGAAAACUUGAUGCAGCGACUAAAGCAACAAUGUGGGAAGAAAUUCAGGGGAGGUUUAACUUGCAAGAAGAGUGGCAGAAAGCUGUUAUUUUCAAGCAGCUGGGAAAUGUGUGGAGGGCUGGGAAGUCAAGGCUGGUGUCACAAGUACGUGUGGCGAAGACUGCAGCUGAGAGAAUAGCUUUAAAACCGAGCAACAUCCCAUCCCUUCAACUGUGGAACACUUGGGUUAAGAGUAAGACUACCAAAUCUUUCACAGAAACGAGUAACAAGUACAGAGCGAUGAGAAGAAAUCAGAUUCCUCACACCACCAGCCGCAAAGGAAUGCUUCGUUUAGCUGAUGAUAUGGUAAAAGAGUAGUCAAACAUCUACAUAUUGUAGAUCAGCUUGUUAGAUUAAAAUGGUAGUGAGAUAUGUUUGUUUUCAUAUA